UGUCCUAGUUUUGCAGUUUUGCAACCUCAGAAUUAUAGCUAAUGGAUGGCAGCGAGUUACGUUUUUGUGCAUGGCGAUGAAUAAGGAUGCUUGAUAAACCAUAAAUUAAACGCAAAAACGUGCACUUACAAAUAUUUUCGUUUGGCAGAACUUUGACAAGCUAUGAUCUGUUUUCUAAUGACAUUGACAGUUCAUAUAGACAUUAGACUUAGGCCUAAUUGUUACAUCAUGUGUGUAUGACAUCUUUGAAGAAUGCCCUGGCUUGAGCCAAUCGGUAUCGAGUAUUCAACAAUGCUUUGGCCAAAUUCACUUCAGUUGUCUGCCGAUGGUUCACUGAUGUUUUUUCAAAGGAGGUAUUAGUAUUUCCUCUAAACAGCCUACAACAAUAAGCUACACAUCAUGUCAGAUGACAGCAAGGUAUGGUUCAUUUAGCCUAUUUUGAGUUUAGAGGAGAAAUUACUAACAAUAUAGUAGGUCACUACCAAAGCAAUAGGUCUCACUGGUUUGAUCCAUGGACUGAAAUCUGACCACUAUUGCCGUUUUGUUUAAAAUAGGAGCGAAUAAGUUGUUUCACAAAGUCACAACCUAGGACUGAUAUUGACCUCUCAUUUAUCCACAAGAGCGUGAAAUGGGAGGAUCCCCCGGAUGACCAAAAUAAGGUUGUGGGGAAUAUGAAGGAUGAAACAGAGACACAUGAGACCAACAAGAACAGGACAGGAGGCAAGGCUAAACGUAAGUCCAGUGGCCGUGCCAAGAAGACUUCCGUGGAGGAGGACAGCAGCAUUGGUGCAGAGUCUUCUCAGACACCCGGGUGUGGUUUCCGGGAAAGGGGAUCUAUCAUUGAGCAGCUGGAGAAGGAGGCUCAGAGGACUCUUAUGCCUUCUCUCAAGAUUGAGACAUGCUGUGCCCCAAUCCUCCUCUCCUUCCUGAGGAGUCUAACUGAUGACCAAUGGAGAGUGAUUCAGCAUGGCAUGAAAAAUAACCUCACAUUCGAGCAGCUCUCCAUGCUGUGUCUGAAGAUUGUUAAAGUCGUGACCCAGACAGCCCUCCGCAUUCUCCUACCAGCGCUAGCUCGUAUCAUGGGGGUGAACCUGAGGAGUGGGGCAACCUCCCCAGAAUCCCAGUGCUCUCUGACAGGGUCUGAGGAUUCCUUAGGCAGUCUGGAUGAGAGAGAGAAAAGGCUGCUGACCAGUGAGAUGAACUACUGGACUAAGGAGAGGAGGAGGAAUGGCAGUGCAGGGUGCCGCCAUAAAUCCACUCGCAGAACCUCAUCACCAUGCUGUUCGCCUAAGAGGUCCCAGACCUCAUUGCAGAGCUUGCCUGCAACUAGAGAGGCUCCCCUCAUGGAGGAGCCUCUAAAGGCUAUUUUUGGGGUAACGGAAGAGAGCCUCCUGAUAUCCCUGGUUGAGGGUCACUCCAACCCCACCUCCUCCAGCUCCUCCGAUUUGAGCUGUGCUAUCGUGGGAGAGGUAGUACACCAGCUUAACUCUGGCCUCUCAGUGGCCAUUCAGGCCAGCUCGGGGAGUUGCCCCCCUAUGGACAGUCAGGACAUAGCAGCAGGCAAGGAGGUCAUUCGGGUAGUCUCGGUGCAGAUCCUGGCCGAGCUACAGAGCCAAACGUCUGAGCCAGAGUGGGUAGGGUUUAUCGAGCCCCUCAUGGACUCUGUGACCGAUGAUGUGCUGGAUGCCAUUGUCGGCACAAUGGACAAAAUGGCACAGGACUUCAACAUCCUAUUGGAUCUGGCCAAGAAGAUGACAAUCUUGGGGUCUACAUUUCUGACCAAUCUUCAAUGUGACCUUGAUGUUGAGUGUCCAUCUGGGAAAGAAGGGACCACUCACUUUCUCAAAGAGACUGGAUCCUCUACCAGUGUGGUGGCCAGAAAGAUUCAGACCCUCUCUAGCCCCGGCCGUAUACGAGCAAAGCUGAGGGACCUUUUAACUCUAUCCGCUCGAGAAGAAGGUGUGGCUAAGGAUGCUUCUCUUCAGGAGUCUUCAGACACCCUGGAAAAGUCAACUGUUUCAACUGUUGAGGUCCAGUUACCCAGCACCGAACUUAGUAGAGUUCCCAGUGAGAGCCAACCAAUACCAGCUCUCUGUCUCUCCAAUCUGGAUACCAGUACUCAAGAAGUUCUUAGUAGUGUUUUUUCCAUCUACAAGUCAGAAUUAUCAAAAGUGGAGAGUAAAUCCUUGGCCGUUGUCAGUUCAUCUGUUGAGUCCCUAGAGGCUUGUUGGUUUGUUGAUAGUGUCCUAUCAAAGCUCGAUGACUAUACUAUUUCCCAGUCACCCUCACCCAAUGAAGACUUGAGCGUGAGUACUCAAUAUUCUCAACUGAGCUCGGAAGAGAGUGUCAGAAUCACAGAGUCCUCUCCUAGUCUGAUUCAGAGCAUUAAGAAGCUCUCUAGCAAUGACUUCCAGACUCAGGCAGAAGAGGCAGUGAGUAAAGUGCUGAUGAGAUCCAGUCAUUCCUUUAUCACACAGAUCAGCCAUACUGGUCUUCAGAAAAGUCUGCAGGCUGGCUUGUCAUCUAGCUCACCAUCAGAGAUCCAUGUCCUUUCAGAAUCCAUGUCCUCCAUGUCCUCUGAGAAUACAGCCUCUGGAUUAGUGGAAACCUUUGUCAAAGGAAUGGCGACUAUUUUCCAGAAAAAUGAGUCCACUGACACUGUGCUACUGGAAAGAAGUGGGAGAGUUUCGCAGUGCUCCCACGGGGGCUCCCAACUGGAUGAUACUGAAUUGAGUGUUAAAAAAUCAGAGGAGAAGCUUUGGUCAACAGCUAAGACCAUCUGCGUCAGUAUGAAGAACACACUUAAGGAUUUCUUCACAGGGCUGAAGCCACCCGGAUCCGAAAGGGCUUAGGGCGAAUGAAGGAUUCCAGGGAGCUCCUUCAGAUCAAUGAUAUGGUAGGAACUAUGCUGAAGGAGGUUGAGAAAAGUGAGGAUGACAGUGAACAAGUCUGCCAAGACAUCCCUAGAACCUGUUCAUCUUUGUCCACUUCUUUAAAUGGUCGUAGUUCCUUGUCCAGCUCUUCAAAGAGUCCUAGGUCAGAGUGUGAGUUAGAGAUCAACCUCCCUGGCACUCCCAUCCCUGACGAAGUGCCUUUUGAUCUGACCUGCCCCAUCGUCAGGAGCUCCUGCAUCGACACCAGGGUCUCUAAAAUGCCAGAGAUUUCUUCAAGUGACCUAAAGACAAAGAUGAUGGCACACACAGAUGAACCCCUGCAUCGUAACAGUCCAAUGACUGACAGCAGUCGACCACCGAGUGCUAAAGCCUCUUUUCGAUCCUCCACUCCGUCUUUCACCAGCAAGGGAACCUCUUUGGUACCAAAGGGAGAUGGGAUUGACAUUGAAGAGAAGGAGGAGUGUAUCCCCAGCAGCUCUGGCCAUCUGAGGGAGCUCUUAAUCACCCCGGACAUCAGCAGUGCCACUGCAUUCCCAUUGCAGUACUUGAUGGACUCCAGCAAAGAUGAUGGCAUCUGUUUUGUCACCAUACUGGUGAUAAAGUUGCUAUCGGAGAUCAGACCCUCAGCCCUAGAUGGACCAUCCCAACAGGUAGCAGAUCUGACAGAAACAUCUCAGCAACUCAUCAGACAAGUCCUGUCUGAGUUCUGUGCUGCAUCUAGAUUCUCCAGGACACAGGCAUAUUCCCAGAACCUGAACAUCCAAAGGUUGUUCAGAGGUGUACAUAAAAACCUCAUGGAGGAGUUUGGCUCUUAUAACACCCUGCAAGCAGCUAUUUCCUCCCAGGACCCUGCAUUUGACAGAGUCCUGGUAAAGUCCUUGACCCAGCAGCUGGUACAGGGAUGCAAGGAGGCGUCAAGACCAGCUUCUGCUGCAACAAACCCAUCAGACCAGGCUGAGACAGAGAGGGGGGCUGAGCAGAAAGCAAGAAGGAGCUUCCUUUGCUUUUCAAUGACCAAACUCAGGAUCAACUUCAAGCGUUCCAAGAGAGGAAACAAAAAGGACUGCCAUUCAGUCCAGGAACAGACUGAGAUUCCCUCUGCUGAUGGACAUUGCAUAUCUCCAGUUGGAGAGGUUUCUCCUUCCAUAUCUCA